CGGAGAGAACAGCAGGGGCGCAGCAGCUCAGCUCAGUCGGUCCCUGCCUUCACGCAACCAGCGCGCACGACCGUCCUUCUCUUCGACAGGGAAUCCGUGUUCUUCAGAGUUCCGCUUUUUUUCUCCAUCGGCUCAGAGCGGUGUCACGGAGCUUCUGCACUCGGACAGGAUGUCGGAACUUUCCGUCAAUGACCACCUCGAAGGGAUUUUAUCCGAUUUUGAAGCUCUGAAGAGAUCCUUCGACAUCGAAGAUGUGGAUGACAUACCAUCCUUCUCCUCAGCUUCACCCAUCUCCACACCCGUUUCUCCCUCGUCCUCCCAUUUCUUCCUCCACCACAACGAAGCCAGUGAGGAGCUGGGAGGAGGUGGCCAGUCCCCGUCAUUAGCCUACAACAACAACAACAGCCUGGGUUCCACUGCCCACCACUCCCGCAUCAGCCUCAGUUCCAUUCCCAGCCCAGGGCUCAAGUCCCGUGGUGUAGUCACCAGCCGCUCUUUCAACCGAGGAACCAUGAACAAGUCAGCCAUCCACAACAACGGAUCUGCUGUGACCAGAGCUGCAUCCUUCCAGAACAGGUUAAACCCCAACGGUUACUCCAUUUUGUCUGGGCCAGGCAGUGACAACGACAGCCUUCACAGCUCCACGUCCAGCCUGGAGUACUCUGGGGGAGGUGGGAGUGCCCUCCCUCUUACUAAGCUGGGGUCAUAUCGCAGCCCUCCAUCUCAGGGGGAGUACCACCGAACCCAGCCCCAGCUCCCACAACAGCACCGAGAGGGAGGUGCCAACUUGGGAAACAACCCUAACUUGAAGAAGUUUUCCUCCCAUGGGAGUGUUUUCCACUCCGAGAUGGACCAGGGGCCAGGGAUGAUGCUGGGUGUACCAGAGCAUCGGGGGGUGAACCAUGGCUCCAUGCCCAGCCUAGACCUCCAAAGUUGUGAUGGAGGGGGAGGAAUGGUCAGUAUGCAAAGAGGCGGAGGUGGAGGCAGGAUGUCUCCAGGGUUAAGGUAUGCCAAUGCUAAUGCAAACUGGAAUGCUCGUCUUCAUAAUGCCAGUUCCUUUGGGGAAGAGGACUACUGUGGCCCCAAAAACCACUACCAACCGCUAGGGACCCAGGUCCUCAAGGCUCCCCUGCCCAAGGCCAAAGAGACUUUACGUCUUAACAGGUUUCCCUUGGAUCUGGACAGCUUGGUAAGCAGCCCCUCAGCCAAUUCUCCCACCAAGAUUCAAGGACGAUCCCUAAACCCCAACCCCGCCAUGCCUCCAACAAGGAGAACAGGAGGCCUCCAACAUCACACCAGUUCACCAUCCACCUCGGCCAGCCCUUCAGCCUCUCUAAACAGCCUGGACGGUGCCUCUGACACCCCUCCCCUCUCCCUCCACCAUCCCUUUUUGCCUUUCUCCCCACGUUCUGUAACUCUUUUUGAGGGUUCUAUCCCUGUCCCAGAGAUGAUUUGCUCCCCAGAGCCCCUUUCUCCUGCCCGGAGCCCCCAGCAGAAGAUUUUCUCUGGGCCCCAAGUUGUUCAGGUGGUCCCCAACCUGCCUAACCCUUCCAGCCCCUCAAGCCCCAGAGCCAUUUGGUCUGUGGAGGAUGACCCUGGUGAUGCCAGAGAUAGUGUAGGCUCAAUCUUACAGAGGAUUGCUUCCUUCUCCCAGCAUGCUGUUACUGAUACCGCCCCAGUAGCUGUGACCCAGUCCCCUACAGCCCAAAGCAAUGGUGGGUUGUCAUCUGAAUUUGGGUGUCCAGCUGUGACCAUGCUCAUGCCCACAUGGAAAGAGGGAAAGAAGAAACAAAAAGAAACUGUUGCAGAGCUGGAGACGGACCUGCACAGCGCAAUGGAGGGGAGAGAGGAGAAGGAGAGGGGCAUCAUGGGACAAGAGCAAGAAGAUCAGGGGAAGUGCCAAGAACAACCGGCCAGCAUGGAUACCCAGAAUUCUAUGAAAGCAAAAGAGGAGAAGGGAAUGAAGGAGGAAGAAAUGAAGAAAGAGGUGGAGAUGGAGCUGGAGGCCGAGGUGAAGGUGGAGCUGUGCCAGUCUGUGCCAGGCCUGCAGAUGAGCUUCAUCCGAGGAACUGACCUGUUUGGCUACGUGGGCAUCGAGGCGGUGCUGGACCAGAUGAGGCGCAAGACCCUGAAGGCUGGCCUCGAGUUUAACAUCAUGGUGGUUGGUCAGAGUGGUUUGGGUAAAUCCACGCUGGUCAACACUCUGUUCAAGUCCAAAGUCAGCCGGAAGUCCUGCACGCCUAACUACGAAGAGAAGCUCUCCAAAACAGUCAAGCUGCAUUCUGUCAGCCACGUGAUUGAGGAGAAGGGGGUGAAGAUGAAGCUGACCGUGAUCGACACUCCAGGAUUUGGAGACCAGAUCAACAACGACAACUGCUGGGAGCCCAUAGUGAAGCACGUCAACGAGCAGUAUGAGAAAUACCUCAGAGAGGAGCUUCAUAUCAACCGUAAGAGGAGAAUAUCAGACAGCAGGGUCCACUGCUGCAUCUACUUCCUCCCUGCCACUGGACACAGGCUACGCCCCAUCGAUGUUGAGUUCAUGAAGAGGUUGGGAAAGAUAGUAAGCAUCGUACCUGUCAUCGCCAAAGCCGACACACUCACCAUUGAGGAAAGACAGGAGUUCAAAGAGAGGAUAAGGCAAGACUUGGCAGCCAAUGGGAUUCGUGUUUACCCCCAGAAAGAGUACGACGAGGAUCCCGAGGAACGCAUCCUCAACGACCGAAUCAGGGAAAGCAUUCCCUUUGCUGUGGUGGGAACGGACAAGGAGCACCAGGUGAAUGGAAACAAGGUGUUGGGCCGCAAGACAAAGUGGGGAAUCAUUGAAGUUGAAAACGUGGCGCACUGUGAGUUUGCCAACCUGAGAGAUCUGCUCAUCAGGUCUCACUUGCAGGACCUGAAAGACGUAACACAUGACAUCCACUAUGAGACCUACCGUGUACGACGGCUCAAUGAGAGCAACAUGAACUUCAGUGAACUGGGACUGUCCACCUGGCCACUGGAGAACGGAUGUGCUGACAAAUGUGAAUCAGACAGCCACCUCUGAUCUCUCCACCAGCCUCCUUCUGCCUGCUCCUGCUCAUACUCCUCAUCCAAUCACAAUGAGAGAUGUGGAAAAGAAAGCUAUUUUUACUUUUCCUCAAGUAAAAACUGAGAUGGAGAAUUUUUUAUAUUGUUUUUUCGUUAGUUUUUUUCAUUAUGGGACAAACUAGUGGAUUGUUUUUAAAUAAGAAAUUAAGUUACAAUACAAAAGUAAUGCAUCAAAUAUGAAUGCGUGUGAAACCAAUGUGAGCUCAUAUAUAUGGUGACGUAUACAGGGCGCAGGAGAGCAGACAGCAUAAUGAGAGGAAACAUAUACAAGUCUCACAAUGGGGCCGAAGCAUCUUAUGAACAGAAGUAUGUGGACAGACCAUUCCUUUCACCCAACAUCAGUGUUGGACCUCACUAAUGCUCUUGUGUCUGAAAGGGAGCAAAUCCCUCCAGCAGCCAGGUUCAACAUCUGGUGGAAGGACCGAACCAGAAGAGUGGAGGCUGUUAAAGCAGCACGUUAAAGCCCAGUCAAUGGUGUGAAGUGUUCGGGUCUCCUCGUACGUUCUGCAGAUGUCCACAAAUAUCUGUCCAUGCAGUGUGUCAUUCUUGCUUUGGUCAUAUGUGUUUGGAGACGCUGUUUAUGUGCGGAGCGUUUUUGGCAAACAAGUGUUUAAGAUACCUGUUUUCAGAAAGCUUGCAGGUCCACAUUUAAGUGCCAAAACAACAGAACAAUGCUUCAUUUGUCCAUCCAUCUCUUUUACUAAAAUGUUUUGGAGUAAUUGGCUUCUGUUUAUUACUUGACAUGGAUCAAAUAAAACUAGUUAUUAUGUCAUGGGUUGAGUCCAUAUGGCGCUACAAUCUUGCUCAGGAUUUAACCCCGUAAAGAAAGUGUGCAGAGCUGCAUUAGUUUGAAGAAAAACUAUUGCACCUCGUGAUUAGUAACACUGCUCAGCAUAACAUGCAUCUGCUGAAGUUGUGGUCAUUGAUCACGAUCAGAUCUCAGUUUCACAUUUCACCGAGUCAGAUCAGGUUAAGGAUAGGAUCAUCGAUGCAGAAUUAUUACCUACAGUUUUUAUAAUUAGUGGUGUUUUUCAUUUAUUAUUUUUCAGUUUUUAGUGGAUUUUAUCCUGCGACCAUCUCAGCUCUGCGGCCAGAAGAAAGGUAUUGGACAGGCAUCCGGCUCCCCAGGUGGGCCUCUUUGUUUGCGUUCAUUAAAACAAUGAGCAUUAAUAGAACAACAUUGACUGAUGGAAUUAUUAUUCUUUAUUUCAGUUUUGUGAGAGGCUGCUGCACUGCACCUGUAUGCAAAAUUCACAGUAUUAUUGUUGAUUUGGUUUUCUUGCUAAACCAAUUCAUGCUUUUAGAAUUCAGCCAAUAAAACAUUUGACGAUGUUUUAGUGCAAGACGUUUGUAAUGCACUUUCAACAUGGAAGUCACUCGUGUCUCAAUUCAAACCUUCCUGCCUAAACGCAUUACAGCCCUAAUACACAACACAAUACAAAGUAUUACAGGAAACCAUCUUGUCAGCUUGUGCUGCUUGCAUCAAUGAAAAUAAAGGAUAGUGUGGAUGAGAAUGCAACAGUUAUAUUAAAGAUAAUAAUAACCCUCAGUGACGUCGGGGGGCACUGGGCCCUCUGCUCUGAACUGUGGGGGACGCCUGGUUUGAGAUAAUCGUCGGUGCCAUAAUCCCUAUUUGUACAGUUCAUCGCAUCUCGCCUCUGUCUGUGAAGGCAUGCUCUUCAUUGUUCAGAACAGACAGAAACACGAUGCCUUCAGAUGUGGUCAGAUUAAAAGUCGCGGAACUAUUUGCCUUCCCACCUCACCUGCACUCCACUGUAGCAGUGCUUUAAUGUGCCGGAAGGGACAGUCCUGGUACCCUUUAGAGUAACAAAAGUGUGUCGCUGCCUCUCGGGUCGAGAGUUUGAAGUGUGUUGCAUAUCUGAGCACAGCUGCUGGCAGUGGUUGGGUUUGCUCAGAGGUAACAGAGAUGCCAUUGUGUACUGACACACCCUGGAGUAAAGCUAUGGUGUGUCCACACCAAACAUGAAGCCUGACGUUGAUUCAGAAAUCGAGGACAAAAAUGUUCGUCUGUGGUCACCCAGAGCUCUACGAUAGAACCUACAGGGACCAGACAAAACUCUGUGUGUGUGUGUGUGUGUGUGUGUGUGUGUGUGUGUGUGAACCACAGACACAGCUGCUCUGUUCAUGACUAGGGGAUGUUAUUUUGAGUGUUGAUGGUGCAGGUACAAUGUUAGCAUAGCCUAGCACUGGUUGAUACAAAGUCGUUUGACCCUUUCAACCAAAAAGGCCAGUUCCUCCGCUUGGUCUUAGCAGAGUGAAGCUUCCUUCUGUCUCCUCAGACUCCUUCACUCAAUCACACAGUCUGGGUUUAGUCAUUAACAUGUAUUUCUGGGGAGAAAUGCUGUUACGCUGACCUAAACAGGUACAUCGGUUCAUGUCUGCUGCAUUACUGACAAUGCAGGGGUGUGAUACAUUGUGCUUGUGACCACAGUCAACAGUGUAUGUGGCAGUGUACUGUGAGGUCUAUAGGGGCCGAGCAUUCAGCAACUGCUACAAGGCAGCGCAAGCCGGGUUUUCUGCCUGAGUUUAGUUCUUUGUAAAUACAAAAUAAAUAGAGGGUCAAAAAAAAGAAGCUUAGUGAGUUAUGAAAGUCUGGACAUCAGAACACCACAUCAAAUAUUGUUUUUGCAUAUCAGAUCCAAAGCUCAUUCGUAGAUUCCUUGGACCAGGAUCUGCAGACCUUCAUGCUGUUCCUAUUACCUUUGCAACUAGCUAGCUAUCAUGACUAAAGACACAACCUUUGAGAGGAUCUGAGAGUUCCUCUGGGGGAGAAAGCAGCAUGUAAUAAAGCCAUGUGUUCUGUCAUUUCUUAAAUAAACCCACAUAUACUGCAGUUAUUCAUUUUAUUAUGCACGCCUCUACUGUUUCUAUUGUGACAUGUCCCAUGUUAGAAAGGUCCAUCAGCUACUCGUGGAGCAGGAUCACUACCGAUUUGAUUCAAACGAUGGUUAGUGUUGAGAUGGUAACACACGCUCAGCUCUUCCUCCAUGGAUCAAUGAAGAUGAGAAGAUAUCCUUUUAGAAAAGCUGAGUCGACUCCUUUCUGUAGCUUUACUGCACAUCAUCUUGAGUGAGAGUAGGCUUCAUGGUAACAUGUUAGCAGUUACAGUGUGACGUAAUAGUGGAAAUGAUUAUGAACACUUGUACAUAGUCAGGCCUAGUGUUGGUCUCACCUGCUUUUCUCUCUACAUCUUCCUUUUUUCAAUGUAAUGGCUCAACUAACUAACAACUUUCCCUCUGAAGCCACCUAUCAUCCACAGUGACACCAAACCCUCCACAAUCACAAUCCACUUUGAUUCUGAUCACAUGCAGCACGUCAGACAUUCACCGUUUCUCUGCUCUGUAUUCUGAGCCUCUGUGUCAACCUCCCUCAUGUAUUGUAUACACAGCAUGUACUAAUAGUUCCUGUAUGAUUAAUGUCUUUGUCUUUUUUUAUAGUAUUGAUGAUAAACAUGUUAACACUGUUGAUCUACAAAUAAAUACUUGUCACCUUCUGAA